GUUUAAUUUCGUUGUUAAUAAGCAUCGCACGUCUUCUGCAUCUUUAAACUUUUCACGAUUUCUUUUAAUUUGAUUCACGUUAAUUGAACGAUAACAAACUAUGCUUUUAAGAUUUCUUGCCGCUAUCAUUUGUUUGUGUUCCAUUUCUUGUGUCCAGUUCAAGGUUAUUGCUGAGAAGAAGUCGGAUGCCAGUUCUUACAUCACAUUGAAAUGUAAUGAAACUGAAAUGACUGUCGAUAAUUCUCAAGAAUAUUGUGCACUUAAAUCAACUCGUUGCGUUCUCAGCGGAUAUAAAAUUGAUAACAAAUAUGAAGCUUCUCAUCCGAAAGAAGCUUAUUACAUUUCGUGUCUCAUUUUUGAUAAGACAACAGUUCAUAUGAUUCCGACGAAAUUCUUUGGCACAUACGUCGCCGUCAAAUACAUUGACCUUAGUCAUUCAAAAAUCCAUAAAAUAGCAGAUUUAGCUUUUGAACUUCCACUUCUUACUGAAAUUGAUUUGAGCGCCAAUGAACUCAUUUCUUUGACUGCUGACAUAUUCGCAGGAGCGAAUCAUUUAGAAACAAUAAAUUUAAGCUACAACAAGAUUUCAAUUCUCGAUCCGCAAACUUUCGUCAAAUUGAGAUCUUUGAGUGAUUUGAACUUAUCUCAUAAUAAUUUGUUCAACAACAGUUUUGGACGUGAUGGAAUUGAUUGGACGGAUGGGAUGGAAAGUUUAAAAACUUUAGACUUAUCAUUCAAUCAUCUAACGUACCAGCAUGUCCUUCCAUUACAAGCAUUUUCCGGACUCUCAAACCUCAUAAAUUUAAAUUUGCGAUCGAAUCAAAUCGUCAUCGACUACGGCGCAUUUUCUUCAAAUCAAAAUUUACAAACUUUGGAUUUGUCGUACAAUAAAAUGACAUAUUUUGAUUUAGAUUAUUUGUUAUCGUUGGAAAGUCUUCGCAAUCUUUAUCUUCAUGGUAACGGAAUCUCCUACGCUGAUCAAAUCAACCUCGACGAUGUGAAAACAAUUUUCCCUGAACUUGAAUCUAUCGGACUUUCUGAAAAUUCAUUUUCCUGCGAAGUCUUAAGUGUCAUUAUAAAGAAAAUGGCGAAGGCGUCAAUUCAUCUCGUUGUAGAGGACGGAAUGUUUAAAAAAUAA